GGUAUGUGACUGUAUCAAAAAUAAAACAGAGCGGCAUUCCCUUGCCUAGCCAAGAGAAAGAGAGAGAGCAAAAAAAGCGGUGGGCGUGUUUGCAGGCAAAUUUGCUAUCGAUUGACCACACACAGGCUUUGAUUUGUUUGAUUCGCUUUUGUUGCAAUUGUGCCGCGUUUCCUUCGUUUAAAAAAGUGCCAGCCACUCAACUUUUACUUCUUUUAUCACCAUCAUCCCAUUAAUCCACUUCUUGAACUUUGCUUCAAAAUCAAACUUACUUUUCGUCGACGUACAAACUAACACGCACACGAACUACCUCUUUCUCAUCAAUCAUCACAAUGUCUGCCGUCGAAGCUACAGCUCCUACCACCGAGGCCCCAGUUGCCAACGUUGCCGAAACCAAGGCUGAAGAAGUUGCACCUGCUGCUGCCGCUCCAGCCAUCGAGAGUGAAGCACCAAAAGCUGAAGAAGCAGCUGCUGCUCCUGCUGCUGAUGCCGCCGCACCAACUGCUACCGAAGAGGCCGAAAAGCCAGCAGAAGAAGCAAAGGAAGCCGCUGCUACCACACCAAAGAAGGAAAAGCGUCAAUCUACAUUCAACAAGCUUUUGGCCGCCUUCCAAGCUCGCACAAAAUCCUUCAAUAAGAAGGACGCUGCCAAGACCGAAGAGACUGCCGCUUCCACCGAAGAGACCGCCAAGCCAGCCGCUGCCACAGAGGAAGCUGAAGCUGCCAAGACUGAAGAAGCCCCAGCUGCUGUCGAAGAGGCCGCACCAGCCAAGGUUGAGGAAACCCCAGCUCCUGCCACCGAAGAAGCACCAAAAGCAGAAGAAGCUGCCGCAACUGAAGCACCAAAGUCCGAAGAGGCCGUCAAGUCUGAAGAAGCUGCAAAGAAGGAAAAAUUGACCCGUCGUUUGUCAGCCCGUGUCGGAAACUUGUUCCAAAAGGCAAAGAAGGACUUUGCUCCUACUGAAGCUGCAACAAAGGAAGAAGAAGCCGCUCCUCUUUCUGAAAAGGUUGAAGAACCAGCUGUCAAGGCUCCCGAGCCAGCAACUGCUAUCACUGCUUAAAUAGCGUGAGGCAUGUAACGAUGCAUCAACCAACAUUUUGUGCAUCGCAAAAUCCUCUCAAGCAUUGCCUCCUUUCUCUUUUCUGUUUCCUCCAACUCCUCUUCCACCGGCUUUUCUCGGAUCGCUUAACAAGGUCAAGACCAAUAGAAGUGGUUCAUCAAAUUGAUUUUACUGGAUCGAUCCAAAUGCACCCACAGUCCUUUACCUUCAAGAGCUUAUAUCUUUUUAUUCCUUUGCCCGACCUAGCUUUUGGCUAUAUCUCUUAUACCCCGUCAAUUGUUGGGAUUGGGACCAUUAAUGAUUCGAGAAUGUAGAUGGUUAUUGAGUCAUCUAUUUCCUUGAUUCACCCCCUUUUUCGUUUGCACAGUCCCUCCCAACCUUAACUCGUUUUGAUUGUCUCUCUUACACAUGUAUCUUCGUUCAUCGACCUCUGU